AUGGCUGAGGAGGUUUUAAUUCCAUCGUCAGGGAAAAUCACAUCGCACCUGACCGGCUCUCUUUUGGCAGUGGCAUUCCUUACCUCCUUUGGGAGCUCUAUGCUUUAUGGCUACAAUCUGGCUGUGGUCAACUCCCCUGCUGUGUAUAUAAAAGACUUCUACAAUAAGACAGUUGUGAGUCGUAAUGGAACAGGGCUAAGUGAGGAGACCCUGACCCUCAUGUACUCUCUCACUGUGUCUGUCUUCGCUAUUGGAGGAUUGCUUGGCUCCGUUAUAGUGGGCAUGCUGGUCACUCGCUUUGGCAGGAAAGGUACGGUGGUAAAUACAUCAAUGCUGGUGUUUAUUGCUGGCUCACUCAUGGGCUUCAGCAGGAUUUGUGGUUCACCUGAGAUGGUCAUCUUUGGACGCUUCAUCACAGGAAUUCACUCAGGGAUCUCUCUAAGUGUAGUACCGAUGUACCUGGGUGAGAUUGCUCCUAAGAACCUCCGAGGCUUCCUGGGUCUUGUGCCAAGUAUCUUUAUUGGCACUGGAGUCUUCACUGCCCAGAUCCUUGGUCUACAUGAGCUGCUAGGAAAGGAGGAGCACUGGCCCCUGUUUCUCUCUGUGGUGGUAGUACCCACCUUCAUCCAGUUGAUGCUGUUGCCGUGGUUCCCAGAGAGCCCCAGGUACCUGCUGAUUGAGAAGCACAAUAUCCACGCCACCAUCACAGCUCUGAAGUGGUACAGGACCAAGUGUAACAUCCAGGCUGAGAUUGAGGAGAUGCAGGAGGAGCAGCGCUCCCUGUCAUCCAUGGAGACGCUGUCCGUAUGGAAACUGCUGCUCGAUGACACAGUCCGCUGGCAGGUGCUCAGCGUGGUGGUCAUCAACAUCGGCAUGCAGCUGUCUGGCAUCGAUGCUAUCUGGUUCUACACCAAUGACAUAUUUAAUAAUGCAGGAAUCCCUGCACCAGAGAUCCAGUACACCACAGCAGGCACAGGAAUAAUAGAAAUCAUCGCUGGACUCAUUGGGUGUUUCACCAUAGAGAAGCUGGGCAGGAGGCCUCUCAUGAUUGGGGGUUUCGCUAUGAUGGGUAUCUGCAGUGGCGGAAUCACAUUAUCCCUAAUUUUACAGGCUCACCUAUCAUUUAUGCGCUACAUCAGUGUCUGCUGUGUGGUCGGCAUCAUCGCUGGCUUCUGCAUUGGUCCAGCGGGUGUUCCCUUCCUGAUCACAGCGGAGCUGUUCAAACAGUCCCACCGCCCAGCAGCCUACAUCGUAGGAGGAUCACUCAACUGGCUGUCCAAUUUCACAGUGGGCUUCGUCUUCCCCUUCUUACAGAAGUCAGCUGGGUCAUACUGCUACUUAGUGUUUGGCGGCAUUUGUCUGUCUGUGGCUGUCUAUGUCUACAUUGUCAUCCCUGAAACCAAAAACAAGACCUUCAUGGAGAUCAGCCGGAUCUUCUCUAAGAAGGAGGCCAUUCUAGAGACCCAGGGCCUGACCCACAUUGACCAGCUGAAGCUAAAGAAGAUGAACGGCUAUGGCGGCCUGGAACACACUUCACUGGAGUUCGACAGUUCUUCUUCUGUUCCUUAAUGAAGGUUCAGGUUCUCGCUGGGACUACAGAUCCAGAUUGUACACAUGAACCAAAUACUUACUCUGGUCGGGUAAAGCUGGACAUUUCACUUAGAUCAUACUCAGGUUCAAAACAUUGCUGAAUAAACAGCACAGUAUGUGGUUCUUACAUGUGCUCUUCUUAUUAAUUUCAUAUUUUAGUCAGUCUAAGGUAUUGAAGCAAAGCUUACAACUUUGGAGCUGUCCUUGAUGUCAGUAAUAAAAACGCUAUAUUCUCCAGGGUAAUUGUUAAGAUCAGGGAACAUGGGAACAUCACUGUAAAAAAGUUCACUGGUUCAAGAAACCAGAACAGUCAGAUGAUCAGACAUAUAAACAUCCAGCUUAGUCCAACAUAUUUAAAAGAGAAAACACUUAAGUUGCA